GCACGCUGGGGAAUGUAGUCCAUCACGGGUCAGGCGUCGCUAACCGCGGUGAUGACGCUAUAAGUCGGACUACAUCUCCCGGCAUUUAGGGUCCUGCGCCGCUCGCGUGAGAGGGGACCAUCUUGGAAUCCAGCUGAAGGAGCUGCGAGUGCCCCUGUUGGGAGAAAAUGGCAUCGGCAGUAUGGAAGGGGCUGGUGGGGAUGGGGCUCUUCGCCCUGGCACAUGCCGCCUUCUCUGCGGCUCAGCAUCGAUCGUACAUGAGGUUGACUGAGAAGGAGAAUGAGACGCUUCCUGUAGAUAUUGUCCUUCAGACACUGCUGGCAUUCCUGGUGACCUGCUAUGGGAUAGUUCACAUAGCCGGGGAGUUCAAAGACAUGGAUGCAACUUCUGAGCUGAAAAACAAGACAUUUGAGACCCUGAGGAACCACCCCUCCUUCUACCUUUUCAACCAUCGGGGCCGGGUAUUGUUCCGCCCUCCUGAAGGAGACUCCAACUCGCCCUCCUCAGCUCUCUUAUCCAGUCUGAAGCUGCGGAGACUGCAACCCAGCCUUCGUUAGACUUCUCCUCUUCCCCUCCUCCAACCCAUAGAUCUUGGUCAGAAAACCCCUCCGUCCAACUUCUCUCCCAACCCCACCCCGGCACAAUCUAGUUCUCCUGCCCCCACCCCCUUUACUCUGGGGAUGGAGACAGAGGCCCCAUCCAUUAGGCAAGAAUGGCUGCAGAUUGAGCCUGGGACUUGCUUAGGGCCCGGAGGUGGAGCAGGAGAGAAACACCAGGGUCCGUCUGUGGCUUGGUCCCAUCGGGCCUUUCUCUCCCCCUCAACAAUAUGAGACUUGGGGCCCAGGCUCCAUCUGUGGCUUAGUCACAGCUUGGCUCCUUUGUCUUGCCCCCGAUGUUGGACUCGGGCUCUGAUUCCAUCCUUGUCCCACCCUGAACCCAUUUUUCUCCACCACCACAUUCCUGGAGGUGGGGGGAAGCAAGCCCCAGGCUCCAUCUGUGGCCUAUUGCUGUCCUGGGCUUCCCUGAUCUGGAACGGUCACCUGGAGGGAGGGCCCAGAUUUUGUCCAUUGCCUCGUACCUUCCUGUCUCCCCUCCCUCAGGAACAGAGAUCUGAAUGUAGAGAGGGUCUCCAAGGAUCCAUUGAUGCACCCAGUCACAUAUACAACCCCACCCCCACCAUUCAAACCUAGUCUCCCCA